AUGGCUGCUCUGUGGAAGCUGCCCUGUAUCUUUAUCUGUGAAAAUCACCGAUAUGUUAUGGGUACAUCCUUGGAGAGGGCCGCAGCUAGCACAGACUAUUUUAAACAUGGAGACUACAUCCCAGUGCUGCGGGUUGAUGGCAUGGAUGGUCUAUGUGUCAGAGAAGCAACAAAGUUUGCAGCUGAUCAUUGUAGAUCUAGAAAGGGUCCUAUUUCAAUGGAACUUCAGACUUACUGAUAUCAUGGGCACAGUAUGAGUGAUCCAGGAGUUAGCUACCGCACACGAGAAGAGAUUCAGGAAGCAAGAAGUAAAAGUGAUCCGAUCACCGUCCUUAAGGACAGAAUGUUAAAUAACAAGCUACAUAAUGUGGAAGAAUUAAAGGAGAUUGAUGUUAAAGUACAGAAGAAAAUUGAAGAAGCAGCACAGUUUGCAACAACCGAUCCAGAACCACCAUUGGAGGAGCUCAGAUACCACAUUUAUAGACAUGAACCAACCUUUGAUGUUCAAGGAGCGAACCUUUGGAUCAAAUACAAAUCUGUCAGCUAG